CUUCAAUCUGUUACAAAAUUUAAAGAAUUUUGUUUUUGGAAAGCGCUUUGGACCUGAUGAAGAAUCUGAGAGGGCCGUAUAUGAAUAUUUUGACAGCCUUCCGGUUCCGAAACGGAAUUCAUAUGUCAGAAAAACGUUGGACCAAGUUUGUUAUAGUCGAAUGGGGUUAUGUAAAAACGUGAAAUAAUUUUUAACUGAAAAUCGUAGUCUUUCAUUGUCAGGUCGAGAAUUUUUACACCCAAGAUAGAAUGGAUGCCUGAUUGCCAAAAGCAAGGACGGCGUACAGGGCCACAUUCAGGGCAACCUCCGAAUGAUGGACUACCACCAACGUGUUGUGAAACAAAGAUGACAGUAUUUAACAGAAACGGAAACUUAACAAAUUACUCAAAUACACUUAACAACAACAACAGCAACAACCAAGCAAGCUGAAUACGAAAACACGAGGACGCAGUGAUACACGCGACGGACGGUGGCCUGAGUGGAACUCUGCCUGCCUUGCCCCUGCCCCGCGCUUGAAAUUUAAUGGCGAAUUGACCAAUAAGAGGCGUUGUCCCCACCUGUUACCGAGAGAUCACGCGCUAACUGUUAUUAUUUACAUCUCAUCUUUUUAGUUUAGAUACUAUACUCCUCAAGCAUCAUAGAGACCUAAAUGGCACUGUCCACCUAGCGGUGAGACUCAACCGAUGAGUCUAUGUAAUGCUUAAGCGAUACCUAAAGCAUUCGUAAUAAAAUACGCUAUACGGUCAUGAUAGAAUGAUAUUUUUUUCAGGUGACGUUGAAGUAGCUGAAGUUAUGGUUACGGGAUGCUCCUCCAAACAGUGCGGAAUUCCAUACGGACAGGCUGUCGAUGUAACUGCUGUUAUAAUUGAUAGAGCAUUAUUGAAGAGAAAAUUCAAAUCUUCUGAAGCAUCGGUGAAACAAUAUGGUAUGACUUGGAAGGUUCCAGUAAGUCUGAACUAUGGUGUAUCGCACUUGGAUUACAGCGUUAUCCUUGAAACGGGAAAAACAGAGCUUCUCAGGAGACCAGGAGUGUUCAUCUUGAAGAGCCUCAACGACGACUACUCAUUGUGUGUGGAAUUUGACGUUCACGUAACAUGAACUGACUCAAUUCGGUUUUGACAUUUAUUCUAGUCCAAAUAAGAUAAAAUAAGAUGAACGCUUAAAUACGUACUUUGCACUUACUAUGAUAUGAAUCUACCUGAAAGUUAUUGUUCUGACUGAUCAUACGUAGGUAGCAUCUAUUACAAAAAUAUUAUCAACUUAUUUUUUUACACUCUUUGUUAAUAAAACAAUGGAAAUAUUACUUAUGUAUAUCCUUAUCAACGGUAUUUGUGAAGAUGUGAUGGCAACAACAUAUGUACUUGAUAAUACACUUCAAUGCGGUCAAAUAUCAAUCAGUUUGUCGAGUUCUACUGUAACCAUACCGGACAAUCGCCUAUUUCAGUGGUCGCCAACAGUGUGUUGAACAACUUUGAUAAUUUUGAAAUAAACAGUGAGCUACCUAGUCGUAAGCAAUGUAAGCCAACUUAAAUGAAAUUAUAUAGUUGUAUGCGACAUACAUGUGUUUAUUUUACUAAUACUAAUACAUACUAAUGAACACAAAUGAACUAAUAACUAAUAGGUAGGUGUUUGUCACAUACGAUUCAAUAAAGGUAACUAAAAAUAAAAAAAGCAAAGCACUAUUUUAAACAAAAACAUCUCCAGAUAAAAAAUGCGUGUUCAACGAGAAGCCGGACACUCAGACUCACUGACAAUUUUUUUUAGUGUUUGGAGUAUAAUUUGAUACCGCUAUUCGAAUACAAUUAUCCCAAUGUUCAUCUGUAAGUCGAUUACGGUAUUUGUUUUUAAUAAAAAAGAAGAUUCACACAAAUAGGUUGAACCUAAUAAUGCUUUCACUCCCAAGGCCACACGACAUAAAACUGAAUAUUUAUCUUUACCCACUGAAGGCCAGAUACAUUUUGUAUUUGAGAAUAAUGAUUUUAAAGCUAAAUCAUUUUGAAACGCAAUCAGUUCCAUUUCUGUCGCAGCGAUGUCUUCGCUAAAAUUCUGCGUAAUAGAAGUUGCAAACUGUUAGAUAUCAAUUUCCAUGAAGGGUGAAACAACAAAUUGUGCCACUAUAGCAAUUUCGUUGAAAUCUUUGGAACGAUUUUUGGAGUUAUCCUUCAAGUUAGAGACUAUUUCUACAUGAUAUUUAUUGGACUUUGAGAUAUAUUUUCUGAAAGAACAGGAAAAUACCUGGUAUCGCCAUCGAUUAAGUUUUGUUCCCAAAAUUUCUGCUAUUUCUUUGUCUCUCCCCGUACCGUGGGGCUAUAGAGGGAUACAGGGGAAAGGGGGAACGCCACAUGGACUCUGGCGAGGGAACACGUGUGCAUGCAACAUGCACACAUUCUGGCUCCGCCUACGAGAUC